AUGAGUAUAGAUAAAAAAGAUGACAACUUCGUAGUCAUAGAGCCUGCAGUCUCUAUCAGUGAGGGUCAUUCAGAUGAUCUUUACAAUCUGGCAAGUCGAGUAAGGACCGUGAGGUCCCAUACUGGUGCCGGUGAGGUCAACUACAUCAACUCCGUGCAAUCGGUUUCCGAUAACCAACUGCUGGCAGAGAUUGGUUACAAACCGGAGUUGAAGAGACAGUUUUCCACUUUACAAGUAUUUGGUAUUGCAUUCUCCAUCAUGGGGUUGCUGCCAUCGAUUGCUUCCGUUAUGGCUGGUGGGCUCGCUGGCGGGCCAGUCAGUCUGGUUUGGGGCUGGUUCAGUUCGUGUAUCGGGAUUUUGAUUGUCGGGAUCACCAUGGCGGAAAACGCUAGCGCCAUCCCUACAGCUGGUGGGAUGUACUAUUGGACUUAUUACUAUGCUCCCAAAAAAUACAAGGCAGUACUGUCCUUUGUUGUUGGCUGCUCUAACUCAUUGGCCCUGGUGGCCAGUUGUUGCUCCAUCAAUUAUGGGUUUGCAGAAGAAGUGAUGGCUGCCGUCUUCUUAACGUAUGAUGGUGCCGUCACAGUGACGAGUGGUAAGCUCUAUGGUAUUUUCGCAGGUGCCACUGUCGUAAUGGCAAUGUGUACGUGUGUUGCGUCGGGAGCAAUAGCAAGGUUACAGACGGUGAGUAUAGUGUCGAACAUUUUUAUCAUUAUUUUGUUUGUUAUUGCUGUACCGAUCGGAACCAAGGCGAACAUAGGCCACUUCAAUGACGGUAAGUACAUAUUUGGUCACUUUGAGAAUUUAUCUGAUUGGAACAAUGGGUUUCUAUUUUUCUUGGCAGGGUUUAUGCCAGCAGCUUGGACUAUCAGUUCUUUUGAUUCAUGUGUUCACCAGUCAGAAGAGGCGAAAGAUGCUAAGAAGUCAGUUCCUAUCGGAAUCAUCGGAUCCAUCACAGCAUGUUGGAUAUUGGGGUUUCUGAUUAUUAUUUGCUUGUGUGCUUGCAUGGACACUGAUUUAGACCGUCUAGUUAACAGUGAUACCGGUUUCGCCAUGGCACAAAUUAUUUUUGACUCCUUGGGAAAAAGAUGGGCUAUCGCAUUCAUGGCGCUAAUAGCCUUCUGCCAGUUUCUAAUGGGCGCAUCCAUUGUCACAGCUAUAUCAAGACAGAUUUGGGCAUUUGCUCGUGAUGAUGGAUUGCCAUUUUCGAAUCUGAUCAAAUACGUCGAUAAAAGGUACCAAGUCCCAUUCAAUUCAGUUAUUGCAGCAGCUAUUACUUCUCUGUUAUUAGGGUUGUUAUGUCUGAUCAACUCUCAAGCAACUGCAGCUUUAUUCUCCUUGUCUGUUGCGGGUGGUUACAUUGCUUAUUUGAUCCCAACUGUUCUGAGACUGACUGUCGGUAGAGAUGUAUUCCGUCCAGGCCCGUUUUACCUGGGUAAAUUUUGGUCACCGAUCGUCGCCUGGAGCAGCGUGGUUUUCGAAAUAUGGAUAAUUUUAUUGGAGAUGUUCCCAGCACAACAGCACCAUAUCGACAAAUCUACAAUGAACUACUCAUGUGUGAUCGGGCCUGGUACGUGCUUACUGGCCUGGAUUUAUUAUCGGGUUUGGAAACAUAGAGAAUAUAUUGGUCCCAAGUCUAACCUUUCAGACGAAGAUUAUAAGGAAGCGUUAGGACCUGCUGUUCUUGAUGAUAUUAUAAUGGGAAUGGAACCUUGA